AUGGCCGUGCCUUUUGUGCAGGACUGGGACGUGGUUCAGACACUGGGAGAAGGAGCUUACGGGGAAGUGAGGUUGUUGGUGAACAGAAAGACUGAGGAAGUAGUGGCAGUGAAGGUGAUCGAUACAUCUCAGGCAAAGGAGUGUGCUGAAAAUGUCCAAAAGGAGGUGUGCAUCAACAAACGUCUCACCCACCCCAACAUCGUCCGUUUUUUUGGCCAUCGAAAAGAGGGACCAACUGUCUAUCUCUUCUUGGAGUAUUGUUCUGGAGGAGAGCUGUUUGACAGGAUAGAACCAGAUGUGGGGAUGGCAGAGAAAGAUGCUCAAAAUUUUUUCAAGCAGCUAAUAGCUGCCAUGGAGUACCUUCAUGAGAUGGGUAUCACCCACAGGGAUAUAAAGCCUGAGAACAUUUUAUUGGAUGACAAGGAUAACCUGAAGCUGUCGGAUUUUGGUUUAGCCACCUUGUUUCGUCACAGAGGCAAAGAGCGUCUUCUGUACAGGCUCUGUGGGACACUUCCAUACGUUGCACCAGAACUUCUCACCCAGAAAGAGUUCAAAGCCCAACCUGUGGAUGUUUGGGCCUGUGGAAUAGUACUCACUGCAAUGCUUGCUGGGGAGUUACCAUGGGACCAGCCGACCGAAAGCUGUCAAGAAUAUACGCAUUGGCUCCAGAAGAAAACCUAUUUACCACCUUGGAAGAAGAUACAUCCAACACCUCUAAGUUUGCUGUCCAAGUUACUGUUUGCCAGCCCAAAGGGACGAAUCACGAUCUCGGACAUUAAAAAAGACUGUUGGUUUACGCGGAAUUACAGAGCAGGUGAAACGUUGCCGGUGGAUUCUGUUUGCUCAUCAAAAAAACUUUGCCAAACAGAUUCAGUACAUAAUUCCGCAGCUAAAAGUGAUGAAAGAGUUCAGUUCUCUAGCUCACAGCCUGACCCUCCGGCAGACUGUAUGUGGGAAGCCAUGUUGUUCAUUGGGGAAGCAGGGGGGCAGGUUAGCUUUUCCCAGCCUGCCAAGCCUGAGCAUAUGCUGCUGGGUAGUCAGCUCAUAGGCACACCGGGAGCCAGUCAGACCCCCUGGCAGAGGUUAGUGCGGAGAAUGACGCGCUUCUUCACCACCGUGGACUUUGAUUCGUCCUUUGCUGCCUUGAGAGAUGCCUGCAUCAGCGAGGGUUUCACCAUCAAGCACACUUGCACCAACGAGGUAACGCUGAGCACAUUGGACAAACGCAACAAUAAGCUCAUCUUCAAAGUCCAUUUGCUAGCGAUGAACCAGAGAGUAUUACUGGACUUCAGGCUGUCUAAGGGUGAUGGCCUGGAGUUCAAACGUCUCUUUCUGAAGAUUAAACAAAAGCUGGGCGACAUCAUCAGCACUCAGAAGAUCACACUCCCCAUCACAUAA